AUGUUCGUCGGCGGCUACUUUAUCCGCUUAACCACCCCUCUCUGGAAUCCCUUCACCCUCACCUCCAUCUUCUCUCGCUCUCCUCCUCCCUCUUUUCCCUUCAUCCGCUCCUCUCUGGCCGCCAUAGCCGACUUCUUCCGCGACGCAAUCGCCAUCUUCCAGUUCUUUUGGCCUCUAUUCCUACUCGGGUUCUGCAUCAACAUCUUCGCCGCCUUCGUUCAGCCAUACAUCUUCUCCGUGUUCGCCUUUGCAUUUCGAGCAUUCGCCCAUGGCAUGGGUAGAGUUAUACAGCCUCUCCGCGACUUGGUCAUGCCAGCUAUCAGGCCAGCUAUCCAAUGGUUGCCAACCAACUGGAUUCCACUGAACAAAGGCAAGAAAAAGGCCGGCGGUAGACCGCGAUCUCUUUCUGAUAAGAGUGGCAAGCUUCGUUAG